GUCUCAGCAGAGGUCUCUGUUUUAUUUUGAAAAACGUGUAAUUUAACGGGUUCGAGUAUCAAAACGUGUUUGUUUUUAAGUAAAUAAAAUGAAUUUUAAUCGUAUACUGAAACUGAAACAAUCGGAUUUAAGUUAUCUCGUAACGAAACGAACUUUAACGUUUCAUCAGUGCAAUGAAUUUACAGGCAAAGGGAAGAAACUAUUAAAAGUAUCUUUAAUGGAUUCCACGUGUAUGUGUAAAAGAAACCUUCAAGUUUGUUCCGUAUUGGCUGCCAAAUCAAAGAUGCUUUUCUUCCAAAGUCCGUUUCGAUGGUUGAGUGUCAGAUUAGAUUUAUUUAGUUUAAAGACUAAAUGGGAUCCGUCUUUCUCGCUCUCGGAAUUUAUUCUUGGUGCUAAACAGGCAGCUUGCACAGUGAUAAAUUUAACAUCUCAGAAAAAUUUUGAUGAUUUGAAAGGUCUUAUUGAACAGUCAAGAACAACUACUGUGACAUAGACACAUUAUUUAUUGCCCAUAAAUUUGAUUCCAUGAUAGAUCAAAGUAAUGAAGGAGUAAUUUUAGUUCUAGACAUUAAAACAAA